AUGCCACCAAAAUUAUAUAAUUUACGCGUGUUCGCCGCGGGUCCGAAUGGUGGGAAUCCAACCUCCGUCGUGCUCGAUGCAGAGAGCAUGUCAGACGCAGAGAUGAAAGCAGUCGCAGCGGACCAUGGCCAUGAGAGCGGAUUCGUAUUACCUGCUCCUGAAGGAUCUGGGUGCGAUUUCAAGUUCGUCUUUUGGGUUCCGGAGCAUGAAAUGGAAAUGUGUGGCCAUGCGACAGUGGGGGCGAUUUGGUUACUCGAGAAGCUGAAUCGCUUGCCAACAACGAGACAUGCAGAUGGUCAUGUUCGAGUUCUGACAAAGAGUGGGAUUGUGGAAACUCGAGUUUCUGAAACUCUCUCGAGGGAAAAGUGGAUUGAGGUUUCGCAACCGCGAGGCGUUGUGCAAAAGUUGACGGAUGUCGACUCUCUGGAGGAAAUCGCCUCUAUUCUGAACAUAUCGACAGAUGACUUGGCCUCUAUGCCAAUUCAAAACUCAAAAACCAGUAGAGUAAAGACACUGAUCCCAUUGAAAUCGGUCGCUCUUCUCAAUGCUUUAAAACCGCAAUUUCACCGCGUUAAACAGCUCUGCGAGGUUAUUGAUAGCACCGGUCUCUACCCUUAUGCAGUUCUAGAUAAUGAGAAACAGAUCAUCUGUGCGAGACAGUUUCCAAAGUCUUCUGGCUACAAUGAAGACCCCGCUACAGGUAUUGCAGCUGCUGCGCUCGCCUAUGGUCUUCUGGAGAAUGGGCUUGUAAAGUACGCUGAUCAAUAUAUUACAGUGAGGCAAGGGUGGGAGAUGGGAUGCCCAUCUGAGAUAUGUGUGAGAUUUCAAGAGGAUACCGGCGGAUGUUGGAUCGGUGGUAAUGCAAUUGAGGUGUAA